AUGAGUGCAAAUGUUGUACCGUGGGAAUGCCGGGAUAAAGAUGACCAGUCAGAGGCGUUGUACAACGUACCCUUGCAUCGGUCUAACCGUGCUCUUGCUCAAGAAAAUCAGCGGCUCAAAAAGCUUCUCCGCCAACACAACAUACCUUGGUCCUCAAUAUCGCAGGCUCACCUGUCCGCUAUAGAACCUGGGCGCCGUAAGACCCGAUCAUCCAACGUGGGCAGCGACACAGCAGGACUUCGGCUACCAACAGAGGUUUUGCUGCGGAUUCUCAAGUUCGCCAUGACCAGCCCACACCCAAUCGUUGAUCCGCUGUCGCGACUUACCCAAGAAAAUAUAUCUGAUCGAGAAAAGGAGAGAGGGAAUCAAAUUUCCAUCCACUUUCUGGCAACCUGCAGUGCCAUGCAUACGGAGGGUACGAAAUACUUGUGGGAAAGUAAUCGAUUUGUCUUUACUUCUCCUCAAACCCUCCGAAACUUUGGCGAGCUCAAUGCUCGCUUCCGACAUCCCAUCCAAAGCAUUACAUUGCGUGUGAUUGCAAAGUAUUACGAUGAUCAGCGUCGUCGUCACAAGCUCAGCGCUAGCUAUCACGCGGAUCUGAAGGACAAGGACCAGCCUCUCCGGGUUCAUAUGCGGCCCCACGAGUCUCUCCUUGUUCGUGGUGGCUUCCGCUGCUACACAUGGAGCCAGAUUGUGGACUUCCUUGCUGCGCUGCGUGCUCCAUUCGAUCCCACGAACCGGGACAAAGCGAAGAAGCGCCCAACACUUUUACCAAACUUGACGACUCUCCGCCUAGAUCUCGUCAACUUUUCUGGGGAACUUGUUCCAUUUUCAGGCUCUGAGCUACAUGGUAUCACAUCCCACGAGUUGGGAUGCACGCUCAACGAAUUGCAGGUAACCGGCAUGCCUUAUGAUGAUGCCGGGAUGAAGGCAUCAGCGGAGUUGAGCGGGAUGCUCAAGGAUGAAGGCCUCUACCUCGAUGGGCUAGCUGCUUUUGCUGCCCAUAAGAAGCACUUGCAGGAGCUUUCUGAUGGUCCAUGGUGCGCAAGGACAAUCCGUGCAUGGGGGUUGGAAGACGGCGAAGAUGAGGAAAUGGACGAUCCGCAUGAUGACCACGAGAGCCCGUUGAGUGGCUGGCAUCGCCCAAAGCUCGGAAUCCUCCCGCCUGCUCCCGAGGAGAAGGGUCACCCAGUAUCAGUAAGAGAAGAGGGGACUGUGAUUUGGAAACGUAUCCCUGUAUCGCGAGAUGACGACAAGCGGCAGUGGACGGAGUUUUCCAGAUUCAGUGGCUACGAGAUUGGCGACCCGGAUUCGGAUGCCGACAGCAACCUCUGCCCUUGCUGUGGCGAGUCCCACCCUAGUGCAUCUUUCUUGGACUUUUUGAUGGAUGGUGAAGAUGAGGAUGAUGAGGACGAUGAUUCGUUCGAUUCGGAUGAAGAAAUGUAA